UUUUUUAUCUGUGUACGUGGGAUUCACCAAGAAAUGUUUUGCGAUUUUUUUUGUUUAUAAGUAGGCGGUAGAUAAGGAUAAAUCAUAAUUAUUUAAUGUUAUUUCAGACGUAACUGUCGUUUUAGUGCCAAUAAUACUUACUUGAAAGUUAACAUUACCAAAUCUAUUUCGAAACAAAGUUUGUGGUGAUAUAGUAUUCUUAAUAUAUUUGUUAAUUCUCGUCAUGGACGAAGAAGAAACUAAAGUAUGUCCGAAUUGCAAGCGCGAGAUCCCCGGCAUCAACUUCACGACGCACACGGUGCACUGCGCGCGCAACCUGCGCGUGUGCCGCGUGUGCAAGGAGCCCGUGCCCGUCGCCGACCUGCAGCGACACCACGACGAGCUGCACAAGCAGCUGCCAUGCAAGCAGUGUGGUGAGAGCGUGUGCGGCACUGACCUCGAGGACCACAUUCGCGACUCGUGCGCAAACACUGUCAAAUCAUGCAGAUACUGCGAGCUGGAGCUGCCUCGCCGCGAGCUGCCCGCCCACGAGGGCUACUGCGGCGUCCGCACGGAGCAGUGCCCCGACUGUCGCGAGUGGGUCAUGAUCAAGUACCGCCAGCUCCACCUCGACUCCAACCACGGCUUCAUCAGGCUCGACGACGACCCGGCUCCAAUACCCAAAAAGGACCCGUACAAAUCCAACUUGAACAGACCGACCGCGUCCAGAAAUAUCCCUUCGACAUCCAACGGAUUCGUUCCAUCCUCCAUAUUCGAUAACUUCGUCAAGAGCGUGGAGCGAGUCGAACGCGUUGGGAAUAACAACGACGGCUCUAGCAGCAGCGGGGGGUCCAGCCUGAGCGAGUCGAUAGGGAGGUCUGGGGGGUCCGGGGGGUCAGACAGCGCACGGUCAAGUAGCAGUGGCUUGGGGCGGAAGAACACGAAUGGCGCGCAACCACCAGUAAAAAGGACUAAUGAUCAGCCGCAGAUCAACAUUAACUCAGCGUCGGCUAGUAAAGUGGAUAAGGAUUUGGGCGUGUCCCGCGGCGCGGUGAAGAAGCGCAUGGCUCCCAAGCCGCCGGCCCGCGAGCCCGCGCCCCUCCCCGCCCGCGACCUGCCCUACUACAGCGCCGUCGACAGGAAACAGAGGGAAGAGAAGCAGAGGGCCGAGCAGAACGCCUAUAAUCUCUCUGUUGGUCUUCCACCCGUCCUAAGUCCCGCAGCAAAGAUCGAGAAGCUUCGAAAAAUGGACGCGCUCCAAAACAGAGAGGCACCUGACACCGACUACAAGAACCGCCUGCGCAAAGACAUAUGGAGUACCCCGACCGUGGACCCUGGAUAUGUCGUAGGCUCUGGACCUUCGGCAGACGCCGGACCUUCAAACCUGAGGUCUAACCACAACCCACGACCUUUACUAUCUGAUACCGCUGGACCAUCAAAUCUAAGAUUGGAACCCAGACUCACAAGGCCUAAUUUACCUGGACCCUUGGAUAGUGAACCAUCAAGGCCUAUCAAUCUAAGACCUAACAUAUCUAGAAUAGAUAGUGCGCCUUUAAAUAUCGAUAAUCCAAGACCAAAGAACAUCAAUGGACCAGCGAAGAACCAGUCCCCGAAAGACGUGGAUAUGAAAUUAGAGGAGUUAAGGAAUCUGAAGCCGAUGACUCCGAUGGAGUUCGCGGAACGGUUCAAUGAGCUGCAGAUGAGGCCGCAGGAGAGGGUCGAGAGGGCGGACCGGUUCAGUGAGAUCAAGUCCUCGUUGAGAGAGCUUAGGCGUGGGUUGAAUGAGGUUACUGCACCAUACAAUUCUAACGCAGCUGCUAUAAAUGUGAACAACGGGCGCAGUAACCGCGAGUCCGGCAGCGCGUCGCCCGAGGGUGAGGAGGUGCGCCUGCCGUGCGAGUUCUGCGGCGUCGCCAUCCCCAUGGACGACCUCGUGCAGCAUCAGACGGGCUGCCGGCCCGACCUGGCGCAGCUCCGCUGUGGCGCAGGAGCCGGCGCGGGCGCGGGCGCGGCGGCGCAGGCGGUGGACAACGCGCUCAACCACAACAGCGCCGAGCCGCUCGACGACCCCGUCAUCCCCUGCGAGUUCUGCGCCCGCUCGCUGCCCGUCUACCUCAUCAGCGAACACCAGGAACGAUGCGGUCGAGAAGCGAACUUGCUGUUUGCGGAUUGAAGUUGUGUAUUACAUUCAAACAUAUCGACAUAUUACAAAAAAAAUUCACAUAAACGAGGCUCUAAACUGUAACAAUAUCUGUGAAUAUAUUUCUUUCCAGAAUAAAGUUUGAAGGUAAUAUUAUAAUAUAAUAAAAUAAUGAUCCGAGGUCGAUACGUAACUUCUCUUUGUCAAAUUAUUUCAAGAAUUGAAUUAAUGUCGUAAUUUUCCCGUGCCAAGUUGAUAUUGAUUGCACCUAAAAUGAUUCAAUAAUUUAAUUUAAAAUUCGUUUAUAGUCACGGAUAGCACAACUCGAAAAUGUAUACUAUUACAGAUUUAAAAGGAUAUCAGUAUAUAAUAUUGAGUUAAGGAUAAAUUGUAUUUUUAUUAUAAAUAUAUUUAAAGAAGGAAUUUUAUUCAUAAAUCGUUAAAUUAAUAUUUUAUUGAUUUGUAGUGGUGUAACAUGUAUAUCUUAAAGGUGAUGGUCAAUUUUGGUAAGCAGGAAUAAAGAGGUAAAUAGGAAAAAACUUUUAUAAAUGCGUGUCGUUAAGGUCUCAUUAUUUUUUUAUUAUUUAAUCUGUUCAAAAUAUCGUCACUUUUGUUUUACAUUAUGUGAAUUUUGAUUAUUUAUAAUUAUAACAAAAUGUCAUGCAGCUUCGAUGUGAUAAACUAUACGUGUGUAAAUAAUUUACUGCAAUCACUGACUACAGAAAAUUAUCUAAAAUUUAAAUCAUAAGAUAGGGAUAUUUAUUCAUUGAAUAAUUUUAAUAAUACUUUGUAAUUCAAGGUGUUGGAUGGUAUAUCUGCUGUUUAUAGUGGUCGGAUCGUUUACCAUUACGCGAACGGCAAGCUCGUUUCGUCAUUAAAAAAAAAAACUCACCUUUUCUUCCCAUUUACCUCUUUAUUCUUAUUUACCCUAAUUGAUAUUAUAGCAGUAAUUGUUUACAUUUUGGCUUGUUUCUACGCCCCGAAACUUGACAUUCCUUUAAAAAGGCAUUCAAGGCAUGGCGGGUAAGAGAGCCAAUUUUAGGUCUUUAAAACUGAUAUUAUAGAAGUAAUGUUUGUCUCUGAUAAGGUGUAAGUUUAUCAGUGGCGGAUCAAGAAUAUAUUGGGGUAGAAGGGUAACAGAAAGUAAGAAGGGUACGCGGUAGUGUUGGGAUUACGAUAGACUGAAGUGUCAUUUGUAAGAUUGCAAUUAAGGAGUUGGGUUAUUAGGUUUGGGAAGGGAGAGGUAACUACCCCGGUUACAAGGGUAACCAGAAAGGUCUGGUCCGCUAGUCUCUUAUCAAAGUAUAACUCAGUGUAAUUAUUUGAAAUGUCUACAUUUUUUGUCUUUGGGGUAUUUGAGUAUUGUUCGUAGACUUGUAUUUUGACAAAAAGAUGUUAUUUUUGGAAAGUGUUAUAAGAAAAAUAAUUUAAAAUUGAUUUAAUCAAAAAGUGCUUAAAUAAUAAAUCCAUGACGUUUCUAGAAAGAUUUUAUUUAGAAUUACUUCAUAAUGUUUGGGAAUAUAUUAGACGGGGGGAGAUAGGUAUAUUUGUCUCAUUUUCCAUAUAGACUUGUACUAAUAUAUUAUUGACAAAGGACUCAUGUUUAACGUUAGCAUGUCGGACAAUAACCGCAGUUGGCUCAAAAUGUUUCUCUUAAAAAUAUAAUUUUAUUUUGUGUGACUGGAUUUGUCUGUGACGGAUUGUUGGAAUCUUGAAAUAGAACCAUUAUAAUGAUUGUUGCGAUUCAUCGUAUUAUUUACGCCAUAUAAUAGUCCGGGAGUAAGGGGCAAUAAUUACAUAUCUUGAGCACAAGGAUGUUGUCGAGAGGUACCCACCGUCGCUCAACUCGAGUGAGAUUAAGGAAUGUAUAUUAUUUUUUAUAUUUUUCCGAAGGCAGCUAGAUUACAUUUUUUCUUUUCUAAACGAUGCUCAUGUAUGAUUUUUUAUUGUUGUUUAUAUUUAGCGUAUAUUGAAGUUUACCCUUGUCAUUUAUAAAACAAAUUGGAUUAACGCGCCAAAGAUGGGAAUAUUGUCAAAUUGAAUAGAAUUAUGUAGAAAUUCCAGUUGAUUUCACCCUCACCUAACUCUUAUCUUGUUUACUUUUGCCUUUAUUUUCUAUUCCUUUGAUGUUUUUGUGAUAAAUCUGCGAAAAUGCAUUUAAUUUGCGUUUUAAUAUAUUUCUUAUAGCAACUGCAGCAUUUUAUAGCAUUUGAUAUCACAAGAUUGUUCUGUAUUAUUUUUUAACACAGAAUUCCCCUCUUUUCUUAUUUCACCUUAAUUUUAUUUUAUUAUGUUUAAUUAAUCUGAACUAGUUUCAUAAUGUUUUUCUAUCUUCCUAAGGGUGUUCUGUAUAGUCCAAACAACAUCGCACUCCUUCCUCCCCUAUAGCCUGUUCAAUCAAAUAUUGAAUGAAUAGAUCUACAUACUUUUAACAAUCCGUCACAGCGGUGAGUGCGCGGGCACAUGUGACGCUAUGUAAUCUAAUCGAUGUUAUCAAUGUUAGAGUUGUAAGCGUUUCAAUUAACGUAUGAAAACGACUGCCUACAUGUUCUUGUUAUAUUUUGUAAUGAAUCUAUGUUGCUAUAUGACAAAUAAAAUUCUUGUAUCAUU